AUGGAGGUAGACGAGCCGGUGCUUUUGCCAAGGUUGGCCCGGGUCGCUGUGUGUGGUGGUACCCAUGGGAACGAGCUGUCUGGAGUGUACCUGGUUAGAGAGCUGCUGAAGGAAGCGCAGGAGAAAGAACGGGACGAUGAAGGGCCUCUGUCGGUGCAGACGUUGCUGUCCAACCCRCGGGCCACUCAGCAGUGUCGCAGAUACAUCGACGCCGAUCUGAACCGCUGCUUCUCCCUCGCCACCCUCAAUGGUCCUGUGUCAGAGGCAGCUCCCUACGAGAUCAUCCUGGCCCGAGAACUGAACGCCUCGCUGGGUCCAAAGGGCAGUCAGGAGGCAGUGGAUCUUGUUUGUGAUCUCCACAACACCACCGCAAACAUGGGCCUGUGUUUCAUUGCCUAUUCUGACAAAGACUGGAUCUGCCUUCACAUAUUUAAACACCUGCAGAGGCAGAUGCCAGAUAUUCCAAUGAGAUUUAUCCAUUUCAAUAUUUCUAAGAAAGAAUCAUAUUCUCUGGAUUCAGUAGGAAAACAUGGUUUUGCCUUGGAGAUUGGUCCCCAACCACAUGGUGUGGUGAGAUCAAAYGUCUACACUGCAAUGAAAGUAGGUGUGCGGCACAUACUGGACUGGAUCCACUACUUUAACUCAGGUUCUGUGUUUGAAGGAGGAUAUGUCGACGUGUUUACCAUGGUUAAAAACAUCGACUACCCAAGAGACAGCCAGACUCACAACAUCACAGCAGCCAUUCAUCCUCGCCUCCAGGAUCGAGACUUUUGCCUCCUCUGCCCCGAGGACCCCUUGUUCCAGACGUUCUCGGGGGAAGAACUGACAUAUAAAGGCAACGAACCCCUUUAUCCUUUCUUCAUCAAUGAAUGUGCUUACUACGAGAAGGGCAUCGCGCUCUCGCUGGCCAGGAAGAAGCGAGUGAUGAUUCCUCCAAUCCGGGCGCAGACGGAGGUGGAGAAGCAGGCGAGCGAGCAGAGCUUUGCAUCGGAAGAAGAGGAGUGAAGAUGUUCUGAACAUGAGACAAAUGCAAAAUCGGCACAUAUUUUAUUUAAACAAAAGCUUUUAUUGAAAUGAACGCAUGUUUGCAUACACUAUCAAAUGUACACAGCUCAGAAUAAAGAGCAACACUUUUUAACUCACUAAAUCACAUUGUAAUCCAUUCAGGGAUAAAAGAGCUUCUUGUGUUUGAUAUCUGAAUGUAAACCACGGCCACAAUCAUGUGCAAUAUUCUUCAAUAUCAACUGUUUUUAUAAGGGUGCUAAUUGAUGAACACCCAGCAUGUUUUACAAUAAUAACUCAUGUUCAAUCACUGACAUUUACAUCGUCAAAAAAAAUAAUUUCACCUCUUUCAAGUGGCAACAAUAUUCAAGAUAUGAUCAAAAAUACUUUAAGUGCAAAGCAAAACUGGAGGUUGUUUUAUCAUAUGGCCUUUUAUAAAGUACAUUCAUAAUGCCAAUAAGGGAAUGGAAAACCCAUUUUUCCCCAAUUAAAUCCUGAUGAACUGCCUUUUUUGUUUGAAAAUAAGAAACACGAUUAAACAUAAAUUAAAAAAAUAAAUAAAUUAAAAACAUAAAACACUGAGUAGGAAAUCAAUUCACAUUUUUGGGAUUGAGGUCAAAAUCAUACUGACAAAAGUAUGCAUAAAUAAAAAAAAACUAAGCUUUUUUUUUCAACAAAAUUACUGUAGUAAAACAUCACAAAGAAUACAAAUCUAAAACAAAACUAUAAACUGGGUAAACAACUACCACUCUGACCAUAACUGCAAAUAAAUACCAGUAAAAUAAAUAAAAGUCAAAUUCGUUUGCAAUAACAGUUAAUUUUCUUUGAUUUCUCCCUGAUGCCACAUCCUGUUUAAAGCAGCUGCAGUGAAUCGGUUCAAACAGAGCACCGCUGGUAAACUGAUCCAAUUUAGCUGCAAACACUCUCUGGGUGUGACGGUACAUCUGAACAAUCCCUCAUAAAUGCUCUGGUACAUGUGACUAAAGGCAAAGAAAAGUCAUUAUUCAGCACAGGAAUCCUCACGUACGAACUGACGGAUGUUGAGCAGUAACACAGCAGAAUGUGUGGGCUGAAAUGUUACGUUAAGAAACACUGUGUACUGUCUGACUGCAUGGGUCGCUACGCAUUUGCUGCACUUGCUUACUGCUGGGAAAACCAACUACAGGAAACAUAAACAAGGCAUAAGUGAUUUUGCAAUGAGCAAAAAGUAGCUUGAAAUACGGCAAAAAAAAAAAAAAAA